AUGGCCUUACAAUUAAUAUCUUCAAGUGAUAGCGAUAGUGAUAGUGAUCUGGAAGUUCUAGGAUUAUUAUCAGAUUCGGAAAGUGAUGAUUCCAACAAUAACGGACCAAGACCAAGACCAAGGCGGAUAAAACGAAUAAAUUUUAUGCAUAACCUAAACGAUACCGACUUCACUUUUAGAUUUAGGUUAAAUAAACCUGCAGUGGAAUUACUUUUGACCGAAAUUAUGCCCUUUGUACGAGUAACAUCGAUGCGAAAUAAUGGCGUGCCACCACUACAUCAGCUUUUAUUGACGCUGCGGUUUUAUGCAUUGGGCACAAUGCUAAUUUCCGUGGCCGAUUUCAUAGGCGUUUCCAAAUCUUCUGCAGGCAGAAUAGUGCGGGACAUAUCUGUCGCAAUCGCCAGAUUGUACGAUAAAUAUGUUGUAAUGCACCAACAAGGUGCAGAUAAAUUUUAUUCAAUAGCACAAUUUCCUCGGGUUCUUGGUGCUAUUGACUGUACUCAUAUUCGCAUCCAAUCUCCAUGUCUAACUAUAGGAGAGGAAUUUAGAAAUAGGAAAAACUAUUUUUCAUUGAAUGUCCAAGCAGUUUGUGAUGCAGAUUUGAGACUAAUGAAUGUGGUUGCUCGUUGGCCUGGCUCAACACAUGAUGCCACCAUUUUUAAUAACUCUGUCUUGAGAGCCCAAUGUGAUUCAGGAGCAUUUGGUAAUCGAUGGUUGCUUGGUGAUAGUGCAUAUCCUAAUAGAAACUAUUUAUUGACACCAAUAUUAAGUCCCGUUUCUGAUCAUGAACAGAGAUACAAUUAUGCUCAAAUAAAAACCAGAAAUACCAUUGAAAGGACUUUUGGAGUGUGGAAGCGCCGCUUCCCUGUAAUAGCCCUAACCCUGCGAUUAUCGCUUCGAACUGUCCAAGCUGUCAUUAUUGCUACAGCAGUUCUCCAUAAUAUCUGUAGAAGUUAUAAUCUGGCAGAAGUUUCUCCAGAAGUUGAGUUGCCGCCCACUGAUAUUGCAGAUAUCAAUGAAGGACCCCAAAAUGCAGGAUUACAUGAUAUCAGACAGCGAACUGAUUUAGUUAAUAAUUACUUUAGAAAUUAG